GGAGACGACUCCGGCAAGAGCACCCUCGCCCUCGUGGCCAGGGUCUCCGCGGUCGGCGUCGGCGUCGUCUACGGCUCCAUUAAGCUCGGCAUCCUCAAGUUGGAGUCCGAGGCCUAG